CACAGGUUCUCAUCCAGAUCCAACUGAGCAUUCUCAUCUCAUCUCUGAAAGCAACUUUAAUUUCUUGAGAGCUAUAUAAACAUUCCUCUUCUUGGAAGCUCCUUCCCCGACUAUUAUAUAAAAGUCCAUUCUUUUUUUAUAGCAAAUAUGAUGUCUUCUUCUUACUCUUCUGGGCUAGUAGCAGCUGCUCUGUUCUUCCUUCUCUUUGGGUGCACACAAGCCAGAACGCUUGUGGUCGGCGGCAAAAAUAACACCUGGGCAGUUCCUUCUUCUGCUUCUCUGAAUACGUGGGCCGAAAAAGCCCGCUUCGUCGUGGGAGACACUCUAGUGUGGAAAUCCGAGAAAGAAGGGGACAAGGUGGUGGAAGUGAAGGGGAAAGAGGAGUACGACCGGUGCGACGCAUCCAAGGCUAUUAGUUCACAGAGUGGGCUCAACGCCAGUGUUUUGUUGGACCACUCUGGCCCAUUCUACUUCAUCAGUGGCUCGGAGGAGAAUUGCAAGAAGGGGCUGAAGUUGACCGUGGUGGUUCUAUCUGAGAAGCACGCCGGGAAGGUAGCGUCUCCGGCGCCCGCUCCCGCACCUGCUCUGGAUGACCUUCCGGCAGUCCCCCCCACCACCGGCGCGGCAGCUCUCUCCUUCAGCGCACGGGCGGGCUUCAUGGAGGGCCUUUUUCUGAUUUAUCUUUUCUUUUGGUGUGUAUAAUCCAAUAAUCAUGAUGGUUGGAUUUGUAAUGUUUGGAUCGGAUGGGAGUUCAAAUUCCUUCAUUUCAUUCGUUUGUUAUUUUUGGGAUCAUAAUACUAAUAAAUUCUUUAUUCAGUUUUACUCUGAAGCCAUUAAUUAUUGCGUUUUCUUAUUUGAAAUUCGUAUUCCAACCGAAUGAGAUCAUUGCAAUUUGUUUUACUUUAUAAGAAAAUAUAAAAAAUGAGAGAAAUAUUUGAAGGCAGAAAUUGA